AUGGGAUUCCCAGGAAAUAGCGGCAAGCAAGGCAAAAUGGGAACUGUAGGGCCAAAAGGCCAAGCUGGACAAAAAGGACAAAAGGGAGGCACAGGGUUCACCGGCGUGCCAGGAGCCAAAGGAGAUAGAGGCAUUAUAGGACCACCAGGGAACAGCAUCAAAGGACCUGUAGGACCAAAAGGCGAUGUUGGACAAAAAGGACAAAAAGGAGAGACAGGGUUCACCGGUGUGCCAGGAGCCAAAGGAGAUAGAGGCAUUAUAGGACCACCAGGAAAGAGCAUCAUGGGACCUGUAGGACCAAAGGGUAAUGCUGGACCCAAAGGACAAAAAGGAGACACAGGGUUCACCGGCGUGCCAGGAGCCAAAGGAGAUAGAGGUAUGAUAGGACCACCAGGAAAGAGCGGACGAAAGGGGAUCACGGGACCUAUAGGGCCAAAAGGCGAUGCUGGACUCAAGGGGCAAAAAGGAGACACAGGGUCCGCUGGCACGUCGGGAACCAAAGGAGAGCCUGGUCAAACGACGUCUAUUGUCGUGAGUGAGUGACAAAUGAAUAUAACACUAUCAAUAUCGACUUCCCUCUUUUACAACUAUAAAUCUUCCUUUUCGAUACCACUUUUUGCCAGAAAAAUUUUGCGUCAUCCAUAUCUCGGUGAGCAUUCCGUUGUCAGCCAAGCGCGGUCAUUGCACGCGUGCUGAACAUUUAAGAAUGCUGUAUAAUGACAGACUAGAAACAUCAAUAGACAACUCCCAAAGCACAAACUCAGGCAAAACGCUAAAAAUCUUCAAUGUUUACUCAAGUUUGGGCUUAUAGAAGAUAAUGUCACAGUUUCUCAAUGACCAUGAAAUUCAGAGUCCGGGUAGUUAGUUAAUCAAUUGUGGCCCUGAAAAAAUUUGAAGGAAAAAAAUACGAAUUUUUAAGAAAAUGCUUUUUUCGUGAGAAGGACUCUUAAACGCUGACAAACGUCAACAAAUAACAAAAACUAUAAUUUCUAUAUGUUUGCUUUGCUCGAAAUCGCGCGCAUUUACAAGGCCCUAAAGCGUUUUGCUGACUUGCAAGGACCCAUCUGUUAUAACGAUGCCCAAAAUAAAGGGAUGAAUCUCGUAGUUUAUUAGAUAUAAUCGUGUAAAGUUUGCUUAUAAUUUUUGCAUAAAUGAUAACCUAAAUUUGGAAACCGCUGAAUUUCUCGAAUUGGGUCUUUGCGAUUUUGGCUAAACUAUGUUCAGCGCAAGGCACUAAUGCGCACUAUGUGUAGCCGAGAGAUUUUCACAAAAAAAUGCCGGCAACAGCAGAUUUUCGACUCAGACAUCAAAGGGGCGUGGCAUUAUAACCACGUGACAUUUACUCCGAUCGCCGAAAAUUUUAUGUUAUAUUGUAGAUUGAUCUAUAUGUUAUCCAUUCUAUGUGUUAGACUUACGAUAAAAGUAAAGGUGGGGAUACCAGAGAGCUUCAAAGUAGGAUGGUACCCCCCAAAAAAACUGGGUCGAGCCGAACCUUAAAACGAUAGCAACGGUAAAAGAGCGGUUUACUUUUUUCUCUUUUGUUAUACAACAAAAAAUAACCUUUUAGCCGUUUCAUUUCAGAAAAUUUUGCUAGUAAUUGUUUAUUUCUUCACAAUUUGAAUUCAAAAAGGCACAAAUAAAUCUUUCGGAACCGCGAAGAUGCGUAAACGGAAAGCGACAUUCCGUCCACUUCGUGCCACCGGAAUGAAGGGACCACCUCAGAAUUUGAAACUCUGCACCAUUCCUUAUCUUUUUCGUCUGAGUCUUGCAAAUUUGCGAGGCAAAUUUUGAUGAUGUCAAUCGUGCGCCUCGCUACUCAAUAUACCAUAUUUCAAGCAAUAUUCAUGCAUGAUUAUUGAUGCAAAUUUUCGUUUAUUUUUGUUUGAGAACAAGAAAGUACAACAAAAAGUCCCAUAGUUUUAUGGUGGCACACAUUUAAUAGUUGACACCUUUAACGAAUCGUUUUCACGCGCUAGAUCCCUAAAUACUAGAACAUUAUCUUUUUGUCGAAGACUAGUCUCUUUUUCGAGUGAAAAUACACAUUUUUAGCUUGUACAAAUUGUCUUUAUUAUUUCAGAUCGAGAUUGUUUAACAUUACUAAAGUCAGGCCAUGCUCAGAGUGGAGUGUACUCUGUGAACCCGGACGGUAAGGGAUCCUUCAAUGUAUAUUGUGACAUGCGCACUGAUGGUGGAGGAUGGGCCGUGUUCCAGAGAAGACAAGAUGGCUCGGUAGACUUCUAUCGCGGAUGGAACGAUUACAAAUCAGGCUUUGGUCAGCUGACGGCUGAGUUCUGGUUAGGAAACGACAAGAUCCAUAGAUUGACGGCAGCUAGACCCAGUACUUUGCGAGUAGAGCUCGAAGACUGGAAUGGAGUAAAAGAAUAUGCCAAAUAUGGCAAGUUUAACGUUAGUGAUGAGCAAGCGCGUUAUCGACUCGAAGUGGGUUCAUAUUCAGGGACGGCGGGAGAUUCGUUAGCAUAUCAUAAUAACAUGGCGUUUAGCACAAAAGACAGAGAUAACGACUUAUGCCUCUAUACUUGUAACUGUGCUGUGUCUUACACUGGUGCCUGGUGGUACGGGGGUUGCUUCAAAUCCAAUCUAAACGGAAAAUACCUUAGAAAGAAUCUUUUUUACGGAACAGGUGUCGAGUGGGCCGGGAAGCGCUUGCUAUCCUAUUCGCUAAAAUUCACUGAGUUGAAACUUAGGCCGUCAUUAUAAUGUCCCAGUUUUAAUAGAAAUCUCUUUGCCCUUGACAGCACAAUUCAGUGAUAUUUAUUGUUAUAAAGAACUUUGAAUUUCAUUUAACUUAGAAAAGUAUCUAUAUUGAGCUGAAUUCAGUUAAAAUCAAAUGAAAAAUACACAAAUUAGCAAAAGCAUAAAAUUUGCUUUCUUUUAUUAAGCAUCAAUUUUAAUACAUAAUAGGAACCUGUAUUGUUACAGGGGUAAUUAGACUGUAUUUUGACUAACUUUCAGGGGACGACUCAAGAUUGUCGUCACGUAAGAGAGUUAAAAGCUAUUUCUCUCAUAUCGCGAAUUUUGAGUCCUCCCCGUUUCUUUUUUCCAUAGCCAUAGCCUUCCUUUUUUCCUCUAGCGGAGCGUACGAAAAAAAAAAAAAGAAGAAAGAGAGAGAGAAAAAGAAAGAAAAGUUAUAAGUAAAAGUGGUCUGCAUUUUUCAAGGGACCAUCUUUUGGAUGACUUUUAUAUGCAAAUUACCAGGUUCUCAAGAAAUCUUCAACUUGACUGCAAUUUCUCCUUCAUCAUACCCAAGCGACAAUGCUUACUUUUUGCCCCUUCUUUCGGAUUGCAAUUAAGGUUUUUGAGAACGUACUUGUUAGCCAAGGGUUUUCCAAAGUUCAUUUUUAGCUCAUGGAUGACGUAGUCAUGCCAUGGGCUUUUGGAGGCACUCGAAUGGCACUCGAUCACUCGCUGUAUUUUAAGAGAGAACACCGUUUACAUAAAAACCCAUAAAACGGCCAUAAAUCGACCCGUGGACUACACAGGAGAGACGUAACACACAUUCUAAGUAAGGGAAGCUGUCUUUCAUUGAAAUCCUUUCAUUUUCGUAGGUUACCGAAACGAUAGGUUUUUUUCCCAUACAAAUCCUUAUAUUUCGAAUGUUACGUAACAAUGCCGAUGCUCGCUGCGCCGAUGCUCAUAUUUCGAGCUUGGGCCAGUGCUUGGGCCAGUGCAUUUAGGUACUAUUAAAUCUGAUUUUGUAACUAGCUCCUGUCAGAACUAUUAUAAAGGUAAAAAAAUACAGAUCGCAGAUAUUUAAUUAAAUUACAGAAAUACUUAGCGAUAGAUGUACCAAAAGUUUAGUUCUGAAAUAAGAACUAUUUACAUAAAACUUUAAGAUAAGUCAAUAAGAUUAGAGCGCCCAAGAGCGCUGUUUUUAAUUUAGAAAUUUAAUGAAAACGAGAGGAAAUGGGUAGUUUUAAAAAACUGACUGUUUUAAAGAUUCUAAAAGGUUUAAAUUGAAAGCGAAAGGAUUUUUCUAAAAAAACCAGCGAAGACCAAGAAGAAGGCGAAGAAGACUGCUCGGUCGCUCGGUUGUGUGUAAUUAGCCGGGCACUCGCGUGAUGUUUUGGCGCGCUUUGUCACAGUCACAUGGACCCAGAGACCCUCCCACCGUGCUACUCGCGAUGACACUCGCGAUGCACUGUGCCUUCUCCCGGACGGAGGCAAAUUGUCUCUGUGACGUAAGCUUUGAGCGACCGUUAAUUACGUCACGUCCACGUGCCCGGUCAUACGCAUCCCGAGAAAGAAAACUCUGAUGGAAAAAGUUUAAAAUCAAACGCUUCCCUAGCGGUUGUGAUGAAGUCUGAAACUCCAGAAGCAUAGAAGAGAAGCACAAAUUAUCGACAGAUCCUUUGACGGCAAUUUUGGCGAGUUUGGACCAUUUUUAGGGGAUUUGUGGCGCUUGGAGCUAAGACUGUCGGCUUUAGAGUCCCCAUCCUUUGCAUUUUUCUUAAUACUGUUAGUACAACUCAAAUCUUAAAACGUCGAUAAAACGGCUUCCAAAUGGCUCUAGAGGCGUAGAGACAGUAAAAAAAAAAAACAAAAACAAAAACACAAGAUAAGUCAUUUUUAUUUCUAUUUUUGUCAAAAAGUGGAAUUUAGGACGUAUUUUGUUUAUUUUCAUACAGUCUCUUGUAAAUUCAAAGUCCAACGAACUCCCACAGAGUUUGGGCGGCCUGUGGUUAAACCGGUCAAAGCAGCUCAUAUUGAAGACACGCUGAGUCUUUUACUCAAUUGGUUACGCACUCCAUGCGUUGUUGUGGGUUUAUAAAUAAUAAUGCUUUUUUUUUUGUAUUUGUAAGACGAUGGAAGUGAAAUAAAUACAAGUGAGAAUAUUUUUUUCUUUCUUAGUAAAUGACAUUUCCCUUUGAAAUCCUGAGUCGAUUAACAUGUUAAGAGCAAGCGCCACGUCUUUUUAAAUGCUUGAGGGAACAUUGUGUGAGACAAUUAUUCGAAUUUCAAUCCAUUUCAAUUGAUCAAAAAAUAAAAAAGCCAAGUUUUAAACUCAACUAUUCAGUUGUUUAAAGCUACCUACAAGCAAUGUGCCAAAGCGUGCUAGACACUUGGGUACUUCUACGUACGCGCGAAGACAAAGAGAGGACAUUAGUCCAACGAGCUUACUACACACAUACCAUGUUUCCUUCGCGCCUUGGGCAUGCGUCUUGGUUCGUUACUAGGCCGCGCUUAUAUUACACCUCCCUUUUUUCAAAAGUACCGGGUACUCAUCGUCGCACUUGUUAAGUUUUGCCUUCAUGGUCUGCACUGCCCACUCGACCUCGCCAUUGGACUGUCCAUACAGUGGAGACGAUGUGACAUGUUCGAGCCCCCACAGAGCUGCAAACUCUUUAAGAGCGGAUGUCAGUAAAUAUCGACCAGGGGUCUACAAAAGUGAAAAAUCGAAAACCCUCAAAAAAAUUCACAAAGUAGCACUAGGUAAGCUAUUAACAUAAAUGUAAUAUUUACUUCGAUCCGAUAAUUAUUUUCCACGUACGGGGGGGUUAUUGGUUUCGCGGCUCUCCGACCGGGUUUUCCAGGCCCGAGACCAUGUGUCACAAAAAAAAAUUAAAAUUCAAAUCCAUUGUAAUGUGGACAACAAAUAACUUAUUCAGAAGAGUACUUAAUUGCACACAUUCUAAGUGGUGAUUUACUCAGUUUGAACGAAAGUGUAAUAUUUUGGAGAUUUUUCAUUAUUUUCAAUAUUUUGAACGUUUUCGUUCAAUGAAAAAAAGGAAAAUUUCAAAGCGCAAAAUCGUCGACUGGUACCUCGAUUUCAGCAUAGUUAUUAGAGGAGACUGGUUAUGAAAAGCGGCAAACAUCAAUGAUAAAAACAACAGUGUAGAAAUUUUAGAGAUUGUUUUGGUGCCGGUCUUAGUUUUCGUAAUUACGAAAACUAAGAGGGGUCUUAGUUUUCGAAAUUACGAAAACUAAUACCCCUAAAUUUACCGUUAAAUUUGACAUAAAACUUGGUGGAAAGGAUCGAACAUGAUAUAAUUUGACAGAUCAGACCUAUUUCGGUUACAAUUUGACUUUAUAUUUCGACGGAUUUGAUUUUAGGGGGUCUUAGUUUUCGUAAUCUCGAAAACUAAGACGGGUCUUAGGUCUUAGGUCUUAGUUUUCGAGGGUCUUAGUUUUCGUAACACCCUUUAAGACAUCGUCUUAUGACCGACUGUUAUUAGCAGCUCUGUUGUGUAAACGACUUUCACAUGCACAGUUCCCAACAAAUUUUUUAACUUGAAGGCAAUUCCUCAUCCAUUUACACCAGCGACAGAGCCUCAGUUACUUUUCCCUCUUUUACUACACGAUUAAGCUGAACUGAUACGUUUGUGUAAGUCUUUUAAUUAUUAAUUUUAAGAUUCUCCCUCUAAUUUAGACAGAAAAAAUACACAGAUGGAACGCGAGAAAACAGCGUUCUAACCUCAAACUUUUUAGCGGAUUAACGUGACUCUGUAGAAUAACAAAGACAGUAGGAAAGUGAAUAAAGCUACUUUUGAAAAAAGCCAUUUUUAAAGGGAAAUAAAGAUUUACAGUUUUUAUUGUUUUUACGCUAUUUACAUAAUGUUUAUAUUGGAAUUUUAAUUUGUAUAAGUACCUUACGGAGUAAUGUCAGAAAUAAAGAUAACAAGAAAUUAAGGAAUUAAGAUGUGCGCAGUCACCAAAGUAGCUAAUGCUUCCUGCUUGGUCCAAUAAUUGGUCAAUGGUCUUUUUAAUUUGACAUUUAUUUUAUACCUUAUGACACUCGAGGAUACCUUUUAGUAAUAUUAACCUUACUGUUUUUCGUUUUAGGUAAAACCAGGUACGGAACUAAAGCCUCCGCGUUUAAUCCAAGGUUUUGAGAUGAUUCAGCAUAUAUGAACGAUCCCAUUGCCUAUAUCAUGCGCAAAGCGUGCCAGCCUUAGAGAAACUGUAACUGUUCUGGAGGAAUAAUUUUCCAAGUCCUAAAUUAAUGAUUUCAAAUAGAGACGAGAAAACAAAAAAUCGAAAACGAUGCGCUGCUCUGCCAUCCAAUCUACAGGUUCAGGGAGAUUGUUCAAGCUUCCCUUUUAACGAUACUCCCACGUCGAGGCUUAAUUAGUUGGUAUUUUGCAGAAAUCAUCAAGAAGUUGUUUUCAAUUUAAGGUUGAAAAGAACUGCUCCGCUGUUUCGGCUGCUUUUGGAAAAGAAAGAAAAGGCGAGCACUCACAGUCCUCCCAUUAAAAAUGUAACAAACCAGAAUAAGGUUUUUUCUAACCAGGGGCUGGACUCGCAAUACUUUCAGCAUUUAAAUCCCGAGAGGUAGAUGUGAGUGGACUCGGGAAGUAUUGCAAUACAACACACGUACUAAAUGUAUUACUUGCUGUUUCUAUUAAUGUACACUUCCUGUAACAGCAAGAGAGAAUAUCCUCGCUCUCUUGCUGAACGUAAACGUAGACAGUAAAAUGUUGAUUUUUUUUUCAGUUUUUCAUUAACAAGUCGGAACGUGCAUGGUUUUGAAGCGGAAAACCGUUGUGAUAAGAUUAGAGUUUCAAAGAAUUUUCAAUAGCAAUGAACAUAAAACCUACCCGCCAGCUCCUCCCAUAAAAAAUCCCAACAGUUUACCCUAAGCAAGAAGUUAGUGUUGACAUUUAGUUAGAGGGAAGGGGUAGCUGGGUAGAAUCUAAUGCUGAUCCACUUAAGAUAUGCCGAAACGGAUAUGAACUUUUGCCUCCUUAGAAAAGGGAAGUGAAAAUAAUAUCCUUGAAUAACGCGUAAGUCCCUAUUUUUGACCAAAGUUAAGUAUAUAUCAUGUAACCGGUCCACGUACCAGACCGCCGAAACGAUAUUGAAACUCGCCAAUUCGAAAUGACGACUCCAAAACAACGCUUUCCUUCUCUUGCUUCCGCCAUAUCUGUUUUAAAUAUUGUUUUGUACUGCGUUGGGUUUUUAAGAGUUGAAUUAGAGUUGAACAAUCAAAAGGAGAGGUUAAACGCGCUUGAAAACGUGGCGAAGAGCAUUAAUCCCCAAUCCAGCGAUUCAAUCUUCAAAUUUUAACGCUCGCGCUAUGAAUGUUUUCUCAUUUUAUGCACGGAUUUUAGAAUUUCAUGCGGUCUCAAAGUUUUUGUUUUUGUUUUUUUUGUUUUUUUUUGUUUUUUUAGUUUUUUCCAACCUUUCUUGAAGUACAUUCAUAUGCAUAUGAAGGACUCAGGAAUCGCUGUAUGUUAUCUUAUGGCAAACAACACAAAAGGUUAAGGGGAUUAAGUCUUCUCGUUUAUACAUACUUCCAUACGUAUGGAAGCCUUCUUUUCAUACAAGAGUUAUAUUUUCCAAAGAAAGGAAAGAAAUGAGAUUUUUCCCGCGAACCUGACGUUUGACUCACGUCAUAUAAUCAAGGUCUUCCGUUUCUUGAUGUGACUGAGUUUAAAGGGUUGAGGUAGACAGUAAGUCCCACACUUCAAUGUAAGAAGCGGAAGACAGAGCUUUUAAAAUAAAACUGCAAGGAAAGCAUUUGCAUUCAAGACUACAGUAUUGGAUUUCUUAUAUAUAUUUAAUAAAACGCUAGAAGAUCCUUAUCAGAGUCGACUCAUCAUGAGUGACUCUAAAAAAUGGAACCAGUAGAAGGUCUUGGGCUCACAAUACUAAUAUUAGCACUGAAGCACACGUACCAACUUUGCGGUAUUGGCCAAUUCCUUACUCUUACCCACAAUCAUAUAUCACCCCGGCAGUGGCAGCCAUAUGAACAGCUGUUUCGCCGCCCUUAUUGGGGCUCAUCAGAAUGGCAUAGCCGUGCGUAUGAACCGGCGAACCAGUGUGUCAAAUUCUUUACCGCCGACGUUUGCACUUCCUUAAACGCCAGCUCCACCGUACACAAACUGUUGGUUGGGAACCGCAAAACAGUUUGGACUCACAAUGUUCUCUCAAAGGUUAGUUCAGUUCAGUAGACUGAGACGUUUUGCAAUACAAUAAAAGUACUAAAUAUAUUACCUGCUGUCAGUAAUAAUGACCCUGUCGGUAUGUCACUUCCGGAAACAGCAUAAGCGAGGAUAUCCCCUUUUGUUGAUAGUAUUGAUCUUUUCCGCCAAACAUAUGCCAAGAAAGAUAAGAUUUUGGAACUUUGCCAUCUUAUAGUAUAAGAAGGGAGUGAAAAUGAUCGAAACAGCACCAGGAUCAAGUAACAAGCUCACGCACCAAGUCUUCAGAUAAACAAGGCUUGUUUAAUUGAGGUUGUUACGCAUGAAAAUGACAUCGGCUCAAAAUCAACGCUUUCCGUCUUUUUCUACUACCAUCUCUGCAUUAGGUAUUGUUUUGUAUUGCGCUGGAUUUUUAAGAGUUGAACUAGAGUUGAAUAAUCAGAAGAAGAGGUUAGAUGCCCUUGAAAUCGUCGCGAGGACAAAACAACCAUUCAGCGAGCCACAUCACAGUAUCGUCAAGUUCAUCAAGGAUGCUCACGGUAUGUACUUUUCACCUUGCCUAAAGGCGGUAAAAAAAAUUCAUGUAUUCUGAGGUCUUUUGUCUUAUCCUAAAAAAACACUCGUGUUUACGAAAGUUUGUUCAAUGAGCCUGACUUUUAAACACGAGCGAAAACGUAAGGGAGUCAAUUCGUAAAACAAAACGCUUUUGCUUGUUGUCAACUAAGUGGCACUGAAAAAAAUAGCAAAGGUCAUUUCGACUUCCUUUGGCUUUAUUACUACUUCUUUUCUUUACACAGGCGGUGCGAAUGACUCUUCCAUACACAAAUACUCUGACAUGAUAAAAAUACAAAAGUAAUAUACCGUAAAAUUCCGAAAAUAAGCCCCUCCAUGUAUAAGCCCCCCAAACCGGUAACGCAAAAAACCCUCCGUUAAAUCGCCCCUCCAAAUAUAAGCCCCCGGGGGCUUGUACUUGGAAAACUGCCCUCAAAUACAAAGUAAAACAAAGCAAAAACGGCAAAUUUACUUUACGCUAUAAGUCCAAUCGAUUUUGAAACGCAAAUUUCCCUCCGUAGAUAAGCCCCUCCGAAUAUAAGCCCCUCCAAAAAUAAGCCCCUCAAAAAGGGCCUUUGAAAAAUAUAAGCCCCGGGGCUUAUUUUCGGAUUUUUAGGGUAUUUCAUGAUUAAACUAAAGAAGUAGUUUCACUUUUCCUAAGAAUUAAAAUUACCUCAAGGGCAUUGUUUUAGAUAAUAACGUUACAAGUCUUACAAGAGCUUGCUGAUUUUUGCUUGGAUUAAGGUCAUUAAAACUCAAACCAAAAUAGCGUCUUAAGAGCCGAUGUCUGUAAAUAUCGACUAGAGGUGGGAAAAAUAAAAUUUUGAAAAAGCCCAAAAAAAUUAUGUCGACUCCCCUAGGUAUUCUAGUAAUGGAAAUAUAAAUUUUAGUUUCAUUGGAUAAAUAUUUUGGCGAUACGGCGAACGUCAAGUUCGGGCGAUUGAUGGCCUCCGCCAGACCGCUUCUUCGGGCCCCUAGACCGGGCUACGAAAAGACCACGAUUUCAAUCGAAUUCAAGUGUCAUUCAACCCAAAAAGCUGCUUAUCGUAUUAAAAGGGGUUUAAUACACAUACUGAGCGGUCAUGUUCUUGAAUUGAUCGCAACUGGAAUAUUUUAUGGAUUUUUAAAUAUUUACAAACUUUUAAGGCUUUUACGCGACCAAUAUAUUGUCAGAUUUCAAAGGCCUAAAAUCACAUCCGAUACAUGAUUUCUAACAGAAAAAGAAAUUCUACGGUAAAAAGCAAUCUCUAAGCUUUCAAAAUAUGCUUUCAAAACUCUGGGCCACAUAUGAAAUGAAUUUUUGGGAACGUAAAUUCACAGAGCACUUGAGUGUAAUUUGACCUUUCUGACUCGACAGUCAAGAGGUUCGGCGCGACACAAAUAAUUCCUCCAACAAAUGUUUCAGCCAAAAUACGUUUAAUUUAGGCAAUCUCAAGUCCCACAGUGAUACAUAGAUGGUUCAUAUACAUUAGGUGGAAAGUUGUCAGCCGUAAAGAACUAUUUCUCUGGCCUUCGGGUGCAGUAGUUGAACUCGCCUCGCUAAUGUAAACAUUUGGGUCAAGUUCUUAUCACGAAACAGCGAAGUUUUCAAAAUCUACACCAACCAUCUAUCCUGUCUAGUAGAUAAUCAGGUCUACAAUUUGUUUGUUUGUAUCUUGUGUCCUUGUUUCACUUCAUUCCCACAAUGAAACUGUGACAUGCAAACUACAGAGCAACGAAAUUCCCGCUCGCUCGACAUGUCACGUCCCACAUGAAACUUGAUUGCGUUACGUAAACACGACACAGCGAUUUUUUCUGAGUUGUGAAAAAAAAUCCAUUUCAAUCUUACAUGUUGUAGAUAUGCCAUUUGAAUGACCGACAAUCUGAAUUUUUUUUUUUUUUACCGUGCAAUUUUACCAGACUUGUAGGAUUCCUGACGAAACGAAAAAAAUCUUAGGACCGAAAAUUAAUCCCCCAAAUUUUCAAGCCCUAAUUUCUCCAAGCCUUGAAACUUUUCCGUGAAGGAUCAAUGUCAGGAUCAGUAAAUGUUUGUGGUUGGCUUAUUCAUCGUACCAUCCGCUGAAUUUUACUUUUUCUCAUCUGACAGUCUGAACUGGGCGGUCAACAUUAGUCUAACAUUGUACACGUGCGGUACUACACCAAUCAGGUUGUUUUGAAUACCCUUUGAGAUUCCUACUGAAAUCAAGCUACCAAAAUUUUUAUUUUCCAAAUUUUCUUAUCCCCAAAGAAAUCCCGUGAUGAAAAUUUUCAAAACAAAAAAGAAAUCCCUUUAUCAUCUCGGUAACUUCAACUCUCCCCUCCCCCUCCAAACCCCGCCUGGGACCGGGCCUAGGGUCAGAUAUUGUUCUUUUUGGUUGUUGGUAGUGGUUCGACAUUUUUCCCCCUUCCUAUGUUUGUCCUGGUUUCUGUCAGUUUGAAAAUAUCCUAAUGCGUUGUGCAAUUGUAUCGCUAUAUGCUGUAUAAGGCUAGUGUAAAGCACAUGUCAAGUAAGGGCGUCCUACCACGGUCUUAACUAGCGAUUGCGGUGUCGAUAUUUAUAGAUUUUUGGACCGUCUUGUUUUACUAAGUUUACUCUAGUGCUGAAAAUAAACCAGCAUCAUUGCCAGCUAGUACAAUUGUGCUUGCUUUUGUGUGGCGAUACAGCGUGCAAAAAUGGAGCUUUGGGUGGGUGAUCAGUGUGGUUCAAGUAAUAAAUAACCGAGUACACAGUACGUGCGCUUAGGAGAGACCAACUGAUCAGUUAAGUUCUACUUUACAGUCAGUUCUGCAUCAUGCCAUUGAACUUGCGUAGGUGCCUACACAUCUUCGAACUCAUUAUGGAAGAAUCAGUGUAACACGAACAAAUCUUUAUCUCCCCCGCCCCUGGUCCGUUAGACACUUAAGUCUAUAGGAAAUAGCUUGAUGACCUAGGGAUACGUGACCACUGAUACAACUAGUGGUGUGAGAUAUAAACAACAAUAAUAAUAAUAAUAAUAAUAAUAAUAAUAAUAAUAAAAAUAGCCAGAAACGCGCGCAUUACAGUGUAAUGCAUUUAUAGCUCUACAACCCUGGUCAAAACGUCUUGGGACACUUGAGGAAAUUAGGCACAAAGACGCACUUUGCUAAAUUAACUCAUAUUCUACCUCUUAAAAAAGCUUGGGGAUGUUGUUAUAAGGGGCUAUUUCUGCUGUCCCCCUAUCCCCCAAACAGUGUUGAUUGUGUUGAAUUAAGACUUGAAUGCAUAACGUCAACAUUGCACCGUGGGGAAAGGGGGAAGGGAAGGUGCCUCAAUUUGACGAGCUAUUGCGUUAGUGUGCCAAGAGUUUUGACCAGGGUUGUAGCUUGCAAACUACGCUUUUGAACCCCAUUCCUUGCAGAUAACUCAGCGUUGGAGAUAAUAGGUUUUUUUUUUUUUUAUCAUAAUGUUUACUUGCAUUGUGACUACAGUAGUGCAAUUGGUCGACAGCUUAAAGUUAGAUUAAAAAAAGUACCUAGCCUGCCAGCGAUAUUGCACUCGUCAUGCAGUAGCAAGUAGACAUGUACUAGCUUAGACCGAGAGUGCACUAUCAAAGAUUGGUGUCGCAAGCGCAAUAUCAGACAGUAGCAGGAUUUUCUACAUGUAAUUUGGGUGACUUCAUGGGUUUGCGUAAGAAUUGUUUUUCCGCUAAACCUCUGGUAAUCAUAGAAUGUUUUUCCCUGACAUACAAAGCUAUUGUAUGGUAGGUUUUUUCUUGUAAGACUUUUUUGUGCUCAAAAUCAGACUUCAGGAUAUUUUUUUCUCAAAUCACCUCUUCCAUCCCCCCGCCUCCUCUCAAAAGUCAAAUGCCUGGCCCCUUAUAAGCUCUUUGCACAUGAUAGGCCAUACUAGCGUGUUGCAUAAUCACUGCGAAACAUAUUAGGGACCGGUCAUUAUUUAUCCCCUGGGGAUCAUUCGUAACUAAGAACCCAAAAGGGGGGACCGCUGAAAACUUUGGAAGGAUUCAGAGAGGGGAGCACUCAAAUUUGCCUGGAAAAUGAAGACAUGUGGUGGGGGGCUAUCGUCAUCAAAAGUUAUUAACCGGGAUCACUUCAGGGAAGUAACAUUCAAAGGGGAGGUCGGCUAGUAUUCACCUUGUUUAGCCCCAAGUCCUGCACCCCGUCCCCCCCCCCGGCGAUAAAUAAUGACCAGUCGCUUAGGUUAUAUCAGGACGGGGGAAAUGUGUUGAACUAAAACAAACAACAAAACAAACAAACGAACAAACAACAAGAAAGAACACGUAAUGUACAUAUCGCGGUUAGAAACGAUCGGAGAUCACAAGCCUGAGAUCGGAAAAGCUGCAUGGUAAGAAAAUAAUUGAGAUUGUUUGGAACACCUAAAGCUAGUUUUUUUUUUUUUUUUUUUCACAAUUCAGCAAUGUUUACGUAACGCAAUCAGGUCUAAAACGGCCCCUUCCCGUGACACGUGACUUGUCGAGGGAGCGGGAAUUUCUUUGCACUGUAGUUUCAUUGUGGGAAUGAAGUCAAACACGGAAACAAGGUACAAACAAACAAAUUGUAGACCUGAUUAUCUACUAGACAAGAUAGAUAGUUGGUGUAGAUUUUGAAAACUUCGCUGUUUCGUGAUAAGAACUUGACCCAAACGUUUACAUUAGCGAGGCGAGUUCAACUACUGCACCCGAAGGCCAGAGAAAUAGUUCUUUACGGCUGACAACUUUCCACCUAAUGUAUAUGAACCAUCUAUGUAUCACCGUGGGACUUGAGAUUGCCUAAAUUAAACGUAUUUUGGCUGAAACAUUUGUUGGAGGGAAUGAUUUGUGUCGCGCCGAACCUCUUGACUGUCGAGUCAGAAAGGUCAAAUUACACUCAAGUGCUCUGUGAAUUUUGCGUUCCCAAAAAUUCAUUUCAUAUGUUGCCCAGAGUUUUGAAAGCAUAUUUUGAAAGCUUAGAGAUUGCUUUUUACCGUAGAAUUUCUUUUUCUGUUAGAAAUCAUGUAUCGGAUGUGAUUUUAGGCCUUUGAAAUCUGACAAUAUUUUGCUCGCGUAAAAGCCUUAAAAUUUUGUAAAUAUUUAAAAAUCCAUAAAAUAUUCCAGUUGCGAUCAAUUCAAGAACAUGACCACUCAGUAUGUGUAUUAAACCCCUUUUAAUACGAUAAGAAGCUUUUUGGGUUGAAUGAUACUUGAAUUCGAUUGAAAUCGUGGUCUUUUCGUAGCCCGGUCUAGGGGCCCGAAAAAGCGGUCUGGCGGAGGCCGUCAAUCGCCCGAACUUGACAUUCGCCGUAUCGCCAACAUAUUUAUCCAAUGAAACUAAAAUUUAUAUUUUCAUCACUAGAAUACCUAGGGGAGUCUACAUAAUUUUUUUGGGCUUUGUCAAAAAUUUUAUUUUUCCUGCCUGUGGUCGAUAUUUACAGACAUCCGCUCUUAAUCACUGAGCUAGGAAAAACUGACCCAACAAAACGACAUGAAUUAGGAACAAAAUCUUGGUAACCAUUGUGACGAAAGAAAAAUUAGUAAUCAACCCUCAGCUAAGAAGAAGGAGUCGUGAAAUUUGCGAAAGUUUUAUAUUACCGGUUUUCUUAUAAUAAAAGCUUGAUGGAAGGAACCAUAAAUCGAACUGACGAUUUCUUAUUCUUAUCGGCAGAUUUUUUCCCCAACGAGCAUUAUCGAAGCAAGCGACAUGCAAAUUCAGCUAAUGAUACGAGAGAAGCGAAAACAACAGCCGUCAUGAUUAAAGAAUUGCACAAUAUUUUAUCAGAGGGGAGGAUCCGCCUUUGCAAAUCAACAAAUGAGGCGUGUCAGACAGGUCCACCCGGACCGAGGGGAGAGAAGGGAGAGCGAGGACGAAAAGGGAAGAGAGGGUCAAGUGGAAGCAAGGGAGACAGAGGUAUUAUGGGAUCACAGGGGAAAAGUGGACCCGUGGGACCAAAAGGUGAUGCUGGAAUAAAGGGGAAAAAAGGAGACACAGGGAUCGCUGGCGUGCCGGGAGCCAAAGGAGAGAGAGGCACUACGGGACCACUAGGAAAGAGUGGCAAACAAGGCAUCAUGGGACCUGUAGGGCCAAAAGGUGUUCCUGGACUCAAAGGGCGAAAAGGAGAUAAAGGUAUCGCUGGCAUGCUGGGAGCCAAAGGAGAUCGAGGUGUUAUUGGAUCACCAGGAAAAAGCGGCAGGCAAGGCAUCAUGGGACCUGUAGGGCCAAAAGGUGUCCCUGGACUCAAAGGGCAAAAAGGAGACACAGGAUCCGUGGGCAUGCCGGGAACCAAAGGAGAGCCUGGUCAAACGACUACUGUCGUGAGUGAGUGACAAUAUAAGACUAUCAAUAUCGACUUCCCCUUUUUUUCAACUAUUCUUCUUUUUCAAUACCACUUCUGCCAUAAAAAAUUUUGCGUCAUCUAUGUUUGACCAAAAUUCCACCCAUAUAUCUGUCUGGAUUUACAAAAAGGUGCCUACAGAAAUUUCAAGUGUGUUUUAACAAUUUGACACUUGAGGUGAAUUAAAAGCAGUUGAAAGUCGCUAGUUAGGGCUUAAAACAGACAAAGUAAUCGCUGGCACCUAGAAUCCACCUUUCUUGAACCCACCAUCAACACUCACAAUGCUUUUUUAUGCUUGUACUACGCAAUAUUCGUAUAACACGAGCGCCACGACAUACCUGAAAUCUGUCUGUCAACAACUUCAGGAAAUCACUCAUUAUUUAAAACCACGUUCGUGGCACUGAUAAAACUAUCCACAACCAACCAGGCACAAUGUUUCCACACUUAAAAGUGGCGAAAUCUCAUCAAAUUACUCUCUGUCAAUAACUCUCGCUUUCUCCACACAAAUCAUCACAUGUAAACUUUGCGGACACAGUCGAUUUAUUCAAGAUCCCGGAUGUAAACGAGCCGUUUGGAAGGGACACAUAGAGGCCGGCCUUCAAAACAAUUUUUAACUAGGCCUCUGGUCUGGUCAGAAAUCAGCUUCAAUUGCGCUCUCGCCGAAAAGAUUUGACUCCCACCAAACUACUUUUUGAGGCCAGAGACUCGUCACCGCCCACAUCAAAGCUGGCGAUAUGACACCUUUCCGUCUCAAGCCCGAGAUCAGUGUUUCACCCGUUUAGCCAAAAUGAGACGAAAUGCGGUAACAUAUGGGACAAGGGCAGACUUUGCCAAUCGUGAGACUUGUUCCUUCAUAAGGCUUAAUGAUGCCUUCUGUAAAACUUUGCUGCAGGCGGCCAAAAAGAAAUCUAGAAAAUAAACCGACCACGGAAAACAACUUCUACAGCGCGCGCUGAUUUCAAAUGUCAUAGUGUUUUAUGAGAAGGAGAGAAUUAUGGCAAAUGAUAGGUAGGGGGGAGGUGGUGAAAAUGUAAACAGCAUAAUUAACACGUGCUUUUUUAUCUACUGCAGCUUGUUAGGGGAUUUUUGUACUGAAAAUACCAUUUAAAAAAAAAGAAAAGAAUGGUCAAGUCCUGAAGAAUCCUCAAAUGAGACUGUUGCUAAAAAAUCUUGGAGGUACCUUUUUGCAAAUCCAGACAGAUAUAUAUCUUUAUAAUUCAGAAAACGUUCAUUAGUUGAAAUCAAAGUAUUCCUUUUCCUGCUGACUAUCCAUAUUGUUUUAAUUCUCAAAAAGAUUUCAAUGGCUUACCUAAAACACUUUCAAAAGGCCCCUGGAAGAAAAGCAUUUGAAACUAGUCUUAACUAUGGAUCAUUAUUGGUCUUAACAACUAUGAUUACAGAGGAAAAUGCUUUUUCGUGUUCUUUAAGUUGAAAACCCGCCAUGAAGUAGCUGGAGUGACGUUUAAUUGGCUACUUGAGCUUUCUGAAAUACUCUGAAACAUUGCUGUAUGCUUAAGUCAACAACAAUAAGAGGUAGGAAAAAUAGCGAAACGCUACACUCUACUUCUUCAAACAAACUGCAUAUGUAUGGCCCCCUCAGACUCAGGCGAGUAUUCACGUACUUACUAAAAAGAUAGCUAGGAUAAAAGAAAGGUUUAAUUUUUUUCUCUUUUGUUAUACAAAAAAGAAAAGUUUUAGCCGUGUCAUUUCAACAAAUGUUCUGGCUAGUAAUAAACAUAACUUAGUUGGGGAUAAUCAGUAUUGAUUCUAGGUAAGAAAUGAAAUUCCCCCUCUCAACAAAAACAGUUGUUAAAGCGAUGUACCUGUUCAACGCAGAAUUCCUUAUUUCUUCGCAAUUUGAAUACAAAAAGGCACGAAUAAAUCUUUCGGAACCGCUAAGAUGGGUAAACGGAAAGUGACAUUCCGUCUACUUUUUCCCAACAGAAAUGAAAGGACUACCUCCGAAUUUGAAACCUUAACUUUGCACCAUUCCUUAUCUCUUCCGUCUGAGUCUUGCCAGGGAUAUGCAAAUUUGGCACCGAUGUCAAUCGCACACCUCGCUAUUCAACAUACACAAACCCUAUUUCAAGUAAUAUUUAUUCAUCAUUAUCAGCACAAAAUUUCCGUUAUUUUUGUUUGA